AUAAGGUAUGAGAAAUAUCUCUUGGCUCUCUGAUUUGCUUGUUGUAAAUGAAAUGUGGUUCUGCCUUUCUUUGGGUGUUGACCAUGUCUGUUUAUCUUUCUGUGUCACAGCUCCGUUUGAGUGCCCAGUUUUGAAUCUUCACACCAUGUUUCCACUGUAGUGCAUGAGCCUGUGAUUCUGAAGAGUGCCCAGUCGUCAUGGCUCAUACUACUGUUUAUGUGGGUUACACUGUUCCUCAGUUACUGAAAGGUGCUAGCAGAAUUUUUCCUUCUCAUUCUGCAUUGGGAGUGUUGAGGCACUCUUCUUUUUAUUACUGCACAGUGAACGGCACAAUAAAAUCAAAAAGGAAAAUGGAUCAUCUAGAGAGGACAGCAAAUAAUUUUCGCCAGGAGGUAAUUACACAAGCCAAAGUGUGUGGAAUCACCAAUGAAUCGGAGACAGUCAAAAGACUUCGUUUGGCUAUUGCAAAUAAGGAUUUUACGUUCAAAGCAGGACAAUGGGUUGAUUUCUUUAUUCCUGGAGUAUCUGUAGUUGGGGGGUUCUCAAUAUGUUCAAGCCCUGGCCUCUUAGAACGAGAAGGAAUACUAGAGCUGGCAGUAAAGCACACUGUUCAUCCUCCUGCUCACUGGAUUCACACUGAGUGUACUCUUGACUCAGAAGUGGCUCUGCGAGUGGGAGGUGAUUUCUUCUUUGAUCCUCAGCCUGGUGACUCCCCAGUAAACCUAGUGCUGAUAGCAGGGGGUGUUGGAAUUAACCCAUUGUUUUCUAUACUGCUGCAUAUAGCAGAUCUUCAUGGAUACCAAGAGGGUAAAGGAAAUGGACACAAAUUGGGAACAGUGAAGCUGUACUACAGUGCAAAAAAUACAAGUGAACUCUUAUUUAAGAAAAAUAUUCUUGGUUUGAUGAACACGUUUCCUGGAAAGAUCACAUGUUGUUUCCACGUUACCCAACAGCGUUCACAGAUCUGUAAAGAACUUCAGCCACAUGUUACAGAGGGAAGAAUAUCUGAAAAGGAUCUAGAAAAACACGUAUCUAACAAUACUUCAUGGUACAUCUGUGGUCCACCUCCAAUGAUAGAAUCCAUAUCCAAACUACUGUCUAACAUUGGUGUUCCUGGAAACCGUGUUUUCUUUGAGAAAUGGUGGUAGUGACACCUGCUGAAAUAUAUUAUUUUUUCCAGUGCAUUUUGAUAAGCUAAAAUGUACAGAAAUGGACUAUGAAUUAUUUGGAAGAUUUUACUUCAUAGAUGAAGAGGUCCUCUGAAGAUGUAACGGUGUUCCUUUUAAUUUAACUGUAAUAUACCUGUAAUGCAGUGCUGAUGCUUUGGGGAAAGAAAGUGAUUUUGUAUUAAAGACAUUAACUGUUA